AUGAGAGUGCUUUACGCAAUACUAGCGACCCUACUGGCGGCGCCUGCGAAUAGCAAGUACAUUGUGCCCGGAGGUAGAUGGCAUGACACAAACGGGACCUUGAUUAACGCACAUGGAGCCGGGAUUACCUUUGACCAGAAAACUGGCCGUUUCUGGUGGUUCGGCGAGUACAAAACCCAAGCGCAGCCGGAAGGUGGCGGAGUUUCCGUUUACAGUUCUGAAGACUUGUGCCCGAUUGAUAGCCAUCCUUAUAUCUCCCCCGAUAACAUAAUUCAGCGACCGAAAGUAGCCUACAGCCCCGAGACCGAUGAUUACCACAUGUGGUGGCAUGCCGAUAAUUCAACUUACGGGCUUCUUCUCCAAGGCCAUGCUGUGUCCUCCACGAUCGGUGGGCCAUAUACCUUUGUGGACGCGACCGCACCCCUUGGAAAUUGGUCGCAGGACUUUGGCAUGUUUACCGACUAUAAAGAUGGCAGAUCAUAUGCUCUCUACUCGAACGGGGAUAGUGUGAAUGGGCGGGAUGUGUAUAUCUCAAGCAUGAACGAUAAUCUCACAGCACUCGAGAAAGCCGUGUAUCGCUUCCCGAAAUUCGACCUCGAGGCACCAUCUAUCAUGCAGACUGAGAAGAGUUACUGGGCGCUGAUGAGUCACAAGACGGGAUACCGGCCAAAUAACGUGGUGGCAUUUCGGGCCGACUCAUUGAGUGGUCCUUGGUCCCAACCAUUUAUUGCUGCGCCGUUAAACACACGUACAUUUAACUCACAGUCUGGAUUCGUGCUCAGAAUACCAGGAAGUAAGAAGACGACAUAUCUGUAUAUCGGAGAUCAAUGGGACUCGAAUACUAUAUGGGAGAGUCGGUAUAUAUGGUUGCCAAUUACGAUUGAUGAGAAAGAGGAGAAUCUUGAGUUGGCCUGGCACGAUGUUUAUGAUCUUGAUAGCAAAACUGGCGAAUGGACACCAAUCAAGGGUACAACGUACACUGCGCAAAACGCGAAGACAUCCGGUGAUGCAUACAAGCAAGAAGCUAACUUUGCCACCGACGGCGUCAUUAUCACUGGAGUAUAUGGAAAUGACAGCACUGUUACUUUCGAGGGUAUCGAGGGGUCUGGCGAACCACAAUGGGUGUCAUUCUACUAUCAAAACACCGAUGACAUGGGCUUCGGCGAUCAACCUGGUGGAACCCCGGACAGAAUCGGUGGUUCGUGGCGGCUACGGCGAAUCAGUAGCGUGGUGGUCAAUGGAGACACGUCAAAUGUACAAACACUCUACCAGAGAGAUACGCAUAAGGGUAUAAUCCUCUCCACUCCACUACAGUUAACUUUGAAGAAGGGAAAGGCCAACACCAUCACGGUUGGGGGGUUGUAUAAUGGCUUUGACUUCAAGGGCGCUGAUCUUGAUCGGAUUAUAAUCUAUCCCCCUGAGGCGAAGGGGAAAUAG